AUGAGGUUGGUCGUGGAGAACUUAACAGGAACUCUAUUCUACAUCCAAGUCGGCAACGAUGCCACACUUGCCGAUCUAAAGAGGGAAAUUGAGGCCCAGCAGGAGCUCCCCUUUCACCGUCUGAUCCUGAUGCUUGACACCAAUCAUACCCCUCUGAUGACCAGUACUGAUGAAGAUGGCGUUUUGCUCAUGGAUUGUGGGGUUAAAGAUGGGUCACAUAUUUAUCUCUUUUUCAAUCCCCUUGAUGAUGCAUCCACCCAAGAUCAGUUCGUGUUCUCUUGGCCUGAUUCUCUCUUGGGUUAG